UUUUGUGUGAUCUGGGAAUGGAGUCAACGUCUUUGGAUGACGUUCUGUAUCGCUACGCCAGCUUCAGAAACCUGGUCGACCCCAUCACACACGACCUGAUCAUCAGCCUUGCCCGAUACGUCCACUGCCCCAAGGCGGAAGGAGACUCUCUUGGGGCGAUGGAGAAGGUUUGUCGUCAGCUGACGUACCAUCUCAGCCCCCACUCCCAGUGGAGGAGACAGGGACUGCUCAAGAGGAAGCCUCAGGCCUGCCUAAAGUUGGUGCUGUCAGCCCCGUUGUCCAGCGGCGCCCUGGAUCUGUCUGGCAUCCCUCUAACGACUCGCGACAUGGAGCGUCUGUCUGCACACCUGCAGCGUCACGCGUCCAACUUGGUCAGCUUGGAGCUGGGCUUCACCGAGCUGACCGACGAGGCUUUCCUCCAGCUCCUCCCUACGCUGGCUGCUCUGCCGCACCUGGAGACCCUGGCUCUGAACGGAAACAGACUGACCAGAGCUAUUCUGAAGGAGCUCACUGAUGCCCUGAAGGACCCAAGCAGUUUUCCAAGUGUGACAUGGAUUGAUUUGGGGAACAACGUGGACAUCUUCUCCUUGCCUCAGCCCUUCCUGGUCAGCCUGAGGAAGCGCUGCCCCAAGCAAGGCAACCUGCCCACCAUCCUGGAGUUCGGCGAGAGUCAGGCCAGCGACCCUCCCGACAGGCCACGGGGUCUCGGAGAGGAGGAGGAGACUGACGAUACCAACCUGACUGAGAGCAUGGGCGAGCUCCGAUCGGAGGUGGAGGAGGAGAUGGACGGAGAGACGGAGAUCGAGGAGAUGAUGGAAGAGCUGUUGGACUUCGACAGGGAGAUUCAGGGCAAAGACGACGAGGAGGACAGCAUGUGGACGCUGGGGGAGCAGCGGAUAGCGACAGUGAGGAGCAGGAGAGCGUGGCGAGAGGAGGAAGAGAAGGAGAAGGAAAAAGAGAAGGCGGACCAGAGGAGAGACAUAAGACCCAGGAGGAGGGCGGUGAUGGCGGAGGAUGAGGACGACACACAGAGCCGUUCAUCCCGCCUGUCCUGUUCCAGCCAGUCCCAACACUCCUUUGCCGUAGUUGAGCCAAUAAGAGUGGAGGAGGAGGACAUGACGGACCAAUCGGAACAUUUAACUUGAGUGUUGCUCCCAGAUCUGCUUGUGUUUUCCUUCUUGUGUCCCGUCCUGUGUGGACAGAGGCAAUGGGAGUACAGGCUGCAGCGUUGCAUGCGGUCCUUAUGAACAAGCCCCCGCUCGUGAUUUAUGACCAACCGAUCUGAUACACCUGAGGAUGUACAGAAUAGAGUGAUGAGGCUCAAUGCAGAAUGUUGAUCUUUAAUCAGGUCCUUCCUUGUUUUAGUCGUGCUAAUACCUACAUGUGCCUGUAGCACCUCUGUUUGCUGGUUCAAAAUUAGAUGAAACCAGGCUGGAGAAUAUUUCCCUCCCACAACCAGCACUGACAGGAUCAGAAGGCGAGCAGGAAUCAAACGUUAAGCCAUCGGUGUAAAUCUGCUGCUGCAGUCGAAGCAAACAGGUGCGCAGUGUUUCACAGGCGGAGAGCAAACCAGUCGCCAUGAAGAAGUUAGAAAAGAAAACUUGCUAUUUUAGACUGAAUGUGUACAGAGGAUAGAUGUGCUAGGACCGGCCACGUCUCCAAACAUGAAACAUUUAUAAGUAUUUUUCCUCAUAAUCUAGGUCAUGCUUUUACUCCAUGGUUCAGUACAUGAGCAUGCGUCACAUGCUUACAGCGCUGUGUUUAUAUAUAGCCCCCGCUGCCCCUAUGGUUGCACUCAGGUAGCAGUAUGUAGCUUUCACCCAGCUGUGCUUUCCCUCCUCGCGUAACAUCAUGCAGAACUUUAACAGAUCAACUGUAUUUUUGGUUGUACUAUAAAUAUCAAAAUAUAUAUAAGAUGUUUGAGGAGAUAUUGUGUAGCUUUGUUCUGAGGUUCUGACAACCAAGAGCUUAUAUUUAGUAUUAUUGGAGUCUGGAGCAGCAAUAUUUGUGAGCUAAACUAGUCUAUUAGACAUUUUAUAAGGGAACAAGUUGAUUGUUGCAAAGAGACAGACCUAGACAUGUAGAGAAAUAUAUGAGAAUUAAAACGUAGCUUCAUCCAAAUGCAGUAAAUAUUUAUAAAGUCAGAUUUUGUCUCGUUCACAGGUGGAGCUGAACAACCAGGUAAUCAAUCAGCAACACUUCUGUGUCAAUCUUCACUUUUCCACUUUUGAAAAAUUCCCCUAGCAGCUGCAAUGAAACUAGUUAAUGUUAGAGCAAAUGCAUGUUUAGAAACAUUUGGCAAUCAUGACCUGUCUUCUAAAAGGCAAAGCUAAUAUCUGUCCAACAUCCUCCGGUACAUUGUGUCUCCUUACAUUAGACGACAAGCAUGGAGAAUAACUUCCAUCAGUUGUUAAAGCCAAUAGGAAACAUUCUUUAGUGAAUAUUAAGUGACAAGUAGUCGGUACAAAACAGGCUGAAAAUCUUAUCAAGGAGUGAGUUAUGCAGCGAUUCAAGCUGCAAAGAUACAAAACACUAAAUGGACAAAAAAAACCAUAAUGCCUGGUGAGAAACAAAUGUAUCGCAUUUAUUCGUUUUCAAACAGACUUUAAAGGAACACAUGGGAGUCAGGAAGUCUGUGCUACAAAGUAAACUGUGAAGCCUGAACAGAAAGUUUUUGUGCAGCUUUCAACAUUAGCUUUGAAUCUGGUAUUUCUAAACUUCAAUUGAAACAUCAGAGAAAACGAGAACCUAGAGAGAAAUAUUUAUUUUGUAGCCAGUACCUCUUAUGUUUUGUAAGCUUAACGGUUCUGUUAGCAUAUAACUUUCUGCUAGUGAAUGAAGCUAACAGCUAGUCCAAGAAGGGCCGGGUUAAAACUGCUCCAGUUUUAAAAGCACCAUAGUGAUUUACACAAACAGUUUUAUGAACCUUUGAAGGUAGAUAUUUUCAUGGCCUCACUUUUUAUUUAUUUAGAUGAAAAAUGAAACUCAUGCUUACUACACAGCAUGCACAAAUUUUUGCUUUUUACACUGCUUUCCUUUUAUAUCAGGCAUUUAUUCUGACCUGAAAACCUGUCCAUAUUCCUUUCUCAUUGCAUGUUUCUCUCAGGAGAGUCACAGUUGACAUUCAGCCUCCAACCUCCAUUUUCUGUGUGAAUAACCAUUGACUCUUCUGCAAAUAACCCUCCAAAGUAAAAAUCUUAACAGUUUAAAGGUUUAUUAAAUAACAUUUUUAUGAACCUCUAAAGGGGUUUAAGAUAUUGAAUUUGUUUUAAGAUGUUAGAAAUCAGUUUUGAUCUUGGCCCUUCUUAGACUAGCCAUUAACUUUAGCCUAUGGAACCGUCCAAGCUAGAUACUAAAUGACGAGAUCAAGCCUUAAUUAUAAUGCUGAUGAAACAGUAAUAGCAAGCAGUAAAAAAAAAACAUUUUUGACUGUCUGUGUUGUUGUUUUUGUGCAGAAAUGCAAGAAAUUGAAAAGUUCUUGAAAAAAAUCUAAUUAUUUUUAGUAGAGAAUCCUCUCACUGAAAUUACAUUAAACAAAAUUCAGUUUCUUCAGAAGUACUUUUUAUCUACAAACUGAAAAAAAUGGCACUCAAGUUUUCAAAAGUAAAUGUUUUUUUUUUUGGCUAACUAUCCCGCUAAACACAUAAAAAACUUAUGGAGCACCAAGUUUAUCCUUGAAUGUAAAACUAAAAUCAUAAACCUGAGUCUGCAAGGAUUUAUUUGAGAGCUACGUAUAUUUUUGGCUCCUGAGAAGGCAGUUUUUAGGUCCUGUUCAAUGUUCACCUACAGUAAAAAAUGUGAACAGGUCCAUGUGGAUACCCUAAGAACAAAUGCUUUGUGGUUAUCCCUAUGAGUUAAUAUUUUUCAGUACAUUUCUCCUUAUAUGUUGGUGAAAAAUUAAGACUAACAAAGACAACAGAUUUCAACUGGGAUCAAGACAGUCUGCAGAACAUUUUCUUAAGUUAAAUAUUUAUUUUUGACUAACAAACUAAUACUGCUGUUUGAAGUAAAUCAUUUUCGAAGCACGACAGAUGAGAUGGGAUCAUUUUCCUGCCUUUGUUGCUUUUGCAUUGAUCAUUUUUCACAUUUUCAUUUGCUCAAAGCAGCAUUGUUGCUUUGGUAGUGAAUAACUGCAUACAAAACUAUUCUAUUCUGUGUUUCUUUCUGUCUACAACAGUAAAAUAAUUUUGGUGAGUCUUCCUGCUAACUUCCAGCAGAUUGGCUCACACGGUUUCUGUAGAAAAGGGCUGGCAAGUCCAGUCCAUCAGAGAUACUGUCAUGCAACUUUCAGAUGCACCCAUGUCUCAACACACAAAUGGCUGAAGCCCCUCAUUACCAUGUCAUUCAAUUCAUUCAGGAUACAUCUAAAAGCUGCAGGAACGCGCAUCCCUGGGCACAAAACUUUAACUCUAACCUGUCUUGUUCACUUUACAGUGAACAAGACAGCACCCAUGUACUCCUAGGUGCCUGCUUCAUAUUGAAGUCCAGCCCAAUCAAAAUCCCCAAUCCAAUGAGUUUUAUCAGUUUAGACCUUAACGGACCCUGUCAGGGUCUGCUAAGGCCAGUUUCUGCAGAUCUAGGCUGACGAUGCACCACCUGUCUGUCUUUGUUCUGCACUUAAUUCUUGCUUGUGUUACUGCUUCACACUGCUGAGAGGAGAUCUUCAAUGUGCCUCUGUUGCUCAUUUUGACCCGAUGUUGCAGUACAGUCACGUGAUCUUCGAGUGGAACUAAAUAUGCUGUAAAAAGGGAAAAGAUUAGUUUUUAAUUCUCAUCUAGAGUCAACAGUUUCACUAAAUAAGAUGGGGCUCUUACUUUCUCUCUUGUAAAACUUAGUAACGACAUCGAUCACUGACACAACACAAUUGCAGUUAGUUUCUAAUAGAUUCAGCCGCAUCAUGAAAAUGGCAAAUCAAACUGUAGCGUCAGUCAGUCAUUAGCACACCAUGGUGUCUUUGAACCACUACAGCGCCAGAUGUUUUUUAUGUUUAUGACUUCAGUCUUAAGUGAUCAAACAAUGGGCCAAAUGACAUCACUUCAGGACAUUUAUCUGACUUAAAACACUUUAGUAGAGAGAGGAAAAAAAGGCCGUACAGUGCCAAUAGAAAGUUUUCCGACUCUCUCAAGGCUUCUUAUUUUACUGUGUAUUUAAUAAGAGGCUCAGUGAACACUGAACCCCAUGCUGACCAAUCAAAGGCAUGUUUCUGGAGUGUUUCAUUAAUCAAGUCUCAGUUAUGCAAAAUAGAGAGGGGUUUUUACAAAGCGCAGACACAGGGAGGAAUACAGGAAUACUGUGAAACACUUAAUGUGUGCAGCAUGGGAAUAAAUAUUGACAAUAACCCAUUUAAUUUUGAGACAGUGGGGUGUUUCUUUAUUGCUCUCAGCAGGAUAUUCCCAGAAUCAGAUCCUACCAGAAGUGCCAUAAAUGAUUAUCAGGCUUUAAAUCCUUUUACCUGAUGUAAUUUCAACCAGAAUUUAUUAAUUAUUAAUAUUCAGAAUAAUUCAAACAUUGUGGUCACCAUCUGAUGCUCUGUACCAGAUUACAGGAUCAGGUAAAACAGCAAAACCAAACAGAAACAUACAACAGUGCAGAUUAGUUUCGACAGACAAACAAAUGUAUAGACUUGAUCAUUAAUUAUAACACAGUUAUAGUUAAUGAUUACAUUUUUAAGCAGUUUUUAUCUUAUUUUUCCAAGUUAGAUUAGAAAAACCUCAGAGAUCUGAUGAUCCUCACAUCAUCGGGUAAUAUUUUCCACUCAUUAGUUGCCUUUACAGAAAAAGCCAAUUUCCCAGUAGCAGUCUGGUGAAAUAGGAUGCACAUUUUUCCAGAUGAUAUUCUCACUGAUUGAAUCAUUUCUAAAGGGCGAGUAUGCAUAAAAUCAGACAGCGGAGGAAGGGCCAGAUCAUUUACAAUUGUGUGAACAAGACACAAAUUACAAAAUAAUCUAACAUAUUUACAGCUCAUAAACUUGUAUUUCUCUAGAAUCCUACAGUGGUGGGAAUGCUGUGGCUUUUUAUUCAAGGCUUUUAGAGUCUGUCUAAAUAAAGUCUGCAUCAAGAGAGAAACAAUGUCUAAUAUGCUUACAUUUUUUAAGGUUGAGUUUUACUUCUAUCUUCAGAUUGUUACCUAAGACUAAUUAACCUAAUAGUCAAGUUUUUGGACUGUGGGAGAAAACCAAUGCAUGAACAGGGAGAAUAUGCAAACUCUAGACUGGGAUUCAAACCAGUACCUUUUUGCUGCAAGGCAACUAUACAAGUUAGUUGCCUUGCAGCAACAAACUAGAAUGAUGUUAGUAAACAUCAUUCUACUCAAAAGCCGAUAUAGGUGCACCUAUUCAUUGAUCUUAACUCAGAAAAACAACCAUUUUUGAAGAGAGUGUGAAUAUACAGAAACUUUUUUUAGGCCAAGACGCAAAUUAUGCCCCAAAAAUGUAUGUAAUUCUAGGUCUUGCUUUUUAAUAAGGUAAACAUGUGAUGCCCUAUCAUAUUUUGGAUCUAUUAUAAUUGUGUUAUUCCUUUUCAACUUUAUUUUUUAAAUUUUAUAUAAGUUUUUUGUUAAGCAGGGACAAUUAGUUACAAUAAAAAUACUGGUGGUUUUAAUAAGAAAAGAAGAAUCUUAUUUUCAUGGAGUUCUAGUUCUUUCCCCUUUGUCCUUCCUGGGUAAAAAUUUAGUCAUCGCUGCACUUUACAAAACAUUAAGCUGAUCCACAUUCUCCACAGACAAAAAUUAGUUACAUUUUCUCACAUUUAAACCCACAGAUGUGCCUGCAUAUAUGGCAAGACAAGAGACAGAGUGACAGCAGCUUUUCUAUGAGAGCUCUCAAGGUCUGGUUAUCUUAGGGCAGGAAAACACAUCUGAAAAACAACCAGGACUUAAAAUAGCCUGGUUCUACAGAAAGAAAUUCUGUAGAAGCCUUGGAGAUAACACACCUGAGUCUGGACCUUUCCCUGGAAGGGUCGGAAAACUUUCCCUUAUCACAGAUGGAGAAGACAGCCAUAAAUUAAACGUCAUAAAAUGACUUUAAUGGAGAACUUUAGCUUAGAUUUACCAAAUACUCUCUGCCAAAGUUAAAUAUAUGUUUUCUUCUGGUAAAGCCUUACAAAUUCAUCCAGAACCGUCCAGUGGUCUAUUUUAACUGAAUCUUCAUCUUAGCUGUUCAUCAGUGACAGGAUGACAUUUUUAUGGACAGGUGUUAAUGUUUAUUGGUACCAGCAGGAUAUUAACAACUUUGCACAUCCAACUAAUAUCAAAGAAAAAGGAAUCCCUUUAAUCCACCCUAACAAUAAGCAAGUCUCCGAAACCAGUUUUAUAAAGAAUGAACCCUUUACAACAACAAAUGACUUUAAAUAUUGCUUGCUAUCUUGUACUUGAACUAUCCUGUGUUGUUCUGUCAGAGCAACAGGCUUUGUUUAUUCAGUGCUUUGGGGUCAGGGUCUUGCAGGUUCAUUGUGGUGAUUACUCUGACUCCCUUCCAACUGCUCGCAACGAGACCCAACCGGAGGUACGUGUACUUAAUCAUAAUGAGCUGCCGCCACGCAUACGUCUGCUUUUAAUGUCAAGGUCACGGCAAAUCGAAACAACCAGACCGCUGCUUGAAUUAGCUCCAUAAAUCAACAGCUGGAGGCGAUUAAUUGGAAUCUUCUGAUUCAGGAAAUUCAAUAGAAAGAAUUAUCUUGACAGUACUUCAGCUUUUUGGUGAGAGAAGCUUAUAUGUUGGUCAGUUCAAGGCAAAGUUUUUAAUUAUAGCGAAGUAUGUUUUUUUUUCCCUUCUUGCAGUCUGUGUAGGAUUCCAGAGGCAGAAUGGCGAGUUCCUCUCUGUUACAGUAAGACGAUCAUGGCGUUCACCUUGGACUUACAGAAAGCAACGAAAGAUACUGUACAUCCUCUUCAAGGACUCUACUGAGCUGAUGUAGAAAAAUAAACAUAGGAGUGAAUCUGUAGGCAUGAAUGGCCUUGGAUCGUCUCUUGAUCAGUGAUUCUUUAUUCUCUAUAUGCUCCUCAAUCUACAGUAUGCUUCUGUAAUAUUCUUUAUACUAACUUAAUUUUUUGUCACUUAUCAAUAUGAUUGUUUUGAAGAACUUUAUAGACUUACUAAAAUCCGAGAUGAUUUGUAUGACUGUGAUUUGCUGUAUUGCCUUGGGUCUGACCAAUAAAGUCUAUGAUAAGAC